AUGGCCAGUCCAGAUUUUGUUAUGUUUGCUAAUAACAUUGUAAAUGCUGCAAACAGAGCGUUACAAGAAUUAUAUGACACUGAUGCUUUGCAAGUGCACACAGAAAGGUUGGAACUUCUAACAAGGAUGUAUUUAUACCUCGAACCAGUUAUUGGAAAUACUGCGGCAAUGAAUAGGGUUAACGAACUCAUAGAUAUAAAAUCAAGACUGGAGAACAAGAUUAUUGGAUUAAAGGAUUUGUCUGGAAAAUUAAUAAGAGAGUUGAGGGAGCAGGGCUUUAAAUGGAAGUCCAUAGCCAGUUUAAUUGGUGUAAGUGUAGAUACUCUCCGACGACGACGGCAAGAGUUGCAGAUUCCUGACGAUCAUCAAUAUUCAGCCAUCACAGACGAACAACUGGAUGUAGUCGUGAGAGAGAUUAAGACUGUGCAGCCAUUUGCUGAUCCAAUUGGUGUGAUACAAAGAUGGCAAUCUCUAAUUCCUCGAAGGCAAUAUCAUGUCUCAGGCCCUAAUGCGCUUUGGCACUUGGAUGGCAAUCAUAAACUUAUUAGGUACAAAUUCGUAAUACAUGGAUGCAUUGACGGAUAUUCACGGCUUAUCACAUACUUGGCGUGUAGUACGAACAAUAGGGCUGCAACUGUCUUAAGGUACUUUCUGGAUGCUUGUAACAAAUGGCGUAAUGGGCCAUCACGAACAAGAAGCGAUCGGGUCGGAGAAAAUGUAGAGGUGGCAAGACAUAUGUUACAAACACGAGGAACUGAUCGUGGCAGCCACAUAUAUGGUCCAUCAGUUCACAAUCAAAGGAUUGAAAGGCUUUGGAAAGAUUUAAAUCGCGUUGUCGGAAGAUUGUAUUUGUUGAUAUUCAGACAUUUGGAAGAGAAUUAUGCUUUCAAUGUUGAAAAUGAACAUGAUCUAUAUUGUCUUCAUUACACAUACCAACCACAUAUAAAUCGGACCUUAAAUGCGUUCACAGAAGGCUGGAAUGAACAUGGCAUACGAACAGAAAAUGGACGUUCACCAUGUCAAAUAUGGAGCGAGGGUAUGAUUCGUAAUAAUUGGAGACAUUAUAGAGACAUUGUUGAUCAUACCUUCCGAAACGAUGAUAGUUAUGGUAUAGACUUAGAUGGUCCUGUUCCAAAUAAUAACAUGCGUGAUACUGUUGUCAACGUAUUACCUGUUAGUCUAAUUCUUAAUGAAAGUCAAUACUCUCAGCUUGUCGAAUCUGUUAAUCCUAAU